CAGCUGGAGGGCUGAUAAGAUAAGCAGGAGGGGAAGGGCUGAGCCCAGGUGAGGCUCUCCCCACCCCGGGGGCAGAGCCGUGGCCCAGGUGUGUUUCAGGCUCGCUCCGCCUCGCCGGGCAGCAGGAAGGGUGACGGAGCAGGAGGACACCGUGGGGCUGGAUGGGUGACGCUGGCGCUGAAGAGCGAAGCCAUGGACGUGGAAGGUGUGACUGAUUUCAAAGCCCUCCGAGCAAAAUUUCAGAAUGACUCCAACCUUGCCAACAAACUGGUGCGGCCAUGCCAGAAACCUCCCCCCAAAAUCGCACCCAAACCAGGCUCUGGAGGCAGUGGCAUGCCAGUCCCAGUGCCAGUGAUUAAGAGAGAAGUGCUUGUACCCAAACCCAAGGAUGGACCUCUCCAUCCUGCCUCCCAGCCCUCCGCUCUCACGUGGUGGGCCAAGCUGGAGCGCACGGAGCCGAUGGAGCAUAAGGAAGAGAGCAAAGGAAAUGUCUUGGAGAAAGGGCUGAGCUCCCCCAGGAUCGGCUCUCAGAAGCCUCCAACACCCUGUUGCACUGCCCAGCAAGGACCAGUCCCUGAGGAUGCUCCGCUCUCCAAAUCUUUCCACCAUGCCCUGCAGAUGUGGGAAAACACUUUAUCCUGUGGGGAGAAAGCAAGCACAGAGCUCCCAGCCCAGCGGGCGAUGAACCUGUACGUGAACCCUCGCCCGGAGCAGAGGGUGAUACAUGCUCCCACUGUGCUGGAGAGCAGCAAGAUGCAACCAGAUGGAAACCAGACUGCCUCAUCCCAGAGGAAGGAUGCUCUGCGUGGCCUCGGGCUGACUUCUCCCCAGGCUGCCAGGAGAGAUGGGAGAGCUGCAGAGAGCACUGCAACAAUCACAUUGCAACCUGAACGCCAUAAAGAGCCGGAGCAUCCCCUGUGCCAUCUGGGAGUGGGAACAAGGUUGAGCAGCCUGGGCAGCAAGCCACCAAAAGUGAAACCCCUUCCUUCAGCUGCGUCCCUGGGUCCUGCCCCCAGGAAGCCCCCGAGACCCCCGAACGUUGAUCUCAGCUCUUUCCGAAGUGCGAUGCCUUCAGUCCACAGAGGAAAUGAAACAACUGCUGAAGACGAGGAUUACCUGAUCCCCGAAAGUGCUCAACUUGAAGAGCAGCAUAAUUGCGAAGAAACCCUGAUGUACCCGAAUCAGUCUGGGGACACCACAACCUUGUGUGUCAUUGAAGUACCGAAGGUAGAGCCUCAAGAACAGAAGAAACAGAAGACUCUUCCCUUUGGCAAAUCCAGUCCUUGGAGAGAUACAAUAGAAGAUGAAAAAGAGGAAAAACCAGAUCUUGAAAGAGUGAAACAGGAACUAAAGAAAAUACUCAAGGCAGGUGGAAACGAAUACGUAUCUCUCAGCAGCCAAACCAGGGAAGAUGGUAGAGGUGGGAUAAAGGCUCUGCAUGUGAAGCAAGAUGUGACCAGUACCCAGCCUGCAAAGCAUCCUACCCCACAGGGGCUGGCAAAAGACAGAGCAGAGCCCCCCUACAUGUAUGUUGGUGCUCCAGGACCAGGUGAAGAAGAAACAGCUUUGAGCCAAAAUACUCUGCAGACACCAGAGGAUGUGUACGAUGAUGUUGAAGGACUGCAGGAUAGACUCAGCCAUGCAUCAGACGUCUCGAGUCCAUCUGCUUCAGGCAGCAUUUCAGGAAGCAACUGCGAAGAAACAUAUGAAGAUGUUGAGAUCGGGGGUGAUAAUCCAGCAAAAGAGGAAUCGGAAAGACAAAAGAGAUUUGGAAACCUCUUUAAAAUAGAAAAAUUGAAACUGAAUACCAGGUUUAAGGAAAACUUAAGAUUAUUUUCCAUUUCGGUACCAAAUUUAGCGAAUGUCUCCCAGGAGGAUAUGGUGUAUGACGAUGUCGAGGCGGGACAGAGAGACCCCAGAGAGAAGGACGACAAGUACAAAACCUGGAUGCCAAAAUUCCUGAUGUCAAGAGACGAGAAGGACCGAAGGAAAAGCAGCGACGACGUGGACAGAAGUAUCCUCAAAAUCAGGAAGAACAGUGCAGAAAAAAGCAAGAAGAUGGAAAAAGAAGAGAAGAUUUUUAGAGAAACGUUUCUGUACGACAAGGAGAUCAGUGUCAUCAACACCGCGACUGCCGAGUGCUCCGUCCCCAGUAAGAGGAGAGCUGAUCUCCCGCUCACAGCUGGCGAGCAGCUGGAUGUGAUCGAUGUCACAGAGGGCAAUGCAGUGAUAUGCCGCAACUCGGAGGGCAGAUAUGGGUAUGUUCUAGUGGAGCAUUUAAACUUCAGGCACUACUAACCUCCCCGGAGCAUCCCUGCGGCGCCCUUCUGAGCUUCAUGGGCCUGUGAGAGCCCACAUUUGUCAGUGGUGUAGACCUGAUACACAUGUAAAUAAAGUUGUUUGUUUUUUUUACACUUGUAAACAUG